AUGAUUGGUCAAUCGAUUUAUAUCCUUCGUUCAUGUGGCGAUACUGAUAAGCAGAACGUAUCUAAUCAAUCAUGUCUCAUUGUUGCCACAUUAUUCUUUCGUCCUGUGCUUGACAAUGAUAACAUGGUCUCAGUCUACCAGUUAACUCCAUUAUCAGCCAUUGUUAAUCAUGAGCAAAUUAUUUAUUCCAACCUACCACGUAUGAUUGCCAUUAAAAAACGUGAUCAUUCAGUUAUGACAUGGAAUACCAUGCCCGAAACGAAUGAAAGCUUUUUCUCACAUUUUAUCUAUUGUUCAAAAAGACCGCCGCUCAUUCGAAUGAAUCAGUUGCCGUGUUUACCACAGUUGUUGAACGAUGAUCGUAAUAUUGGCACUUCGUGUGCCGUCACACGUUCAUUUAACAUAGAAACGAAUCUUAUCAAUAUAAUAGAUGAUGUUUGGCUUUUUUUCUCACGACGAAUCGCCAAUCCUCUGCAAUUUACAAUCGAGUAUUGA